ACAGGACGCCCCACCAUGCAGACCCUUGUGUUCGCGGUGUUGUUGGCGGCAGCAGCAGCGGCAACGAUCCCCGAGCAGGAGCCGCUUUCAACCAACGUCACGUUACCAGUGUAUGGGUUCUUCAAUGAGAAUAAUGCCUCCACUGCAGCCCCUGCCGAACAAGGCGACCACCAACCGGCAACAACCAGCCGGCCAGGCAACGAGCAGCUAACGUACGCAGACUCUCAGAGUCCACCUGUCCAGCCUGAGGAAACCUUAGUGAAUCACGCGGAGCCUCUUGAGCAGUCCACCCACCAGGCUCACAGCCAGCCCGAGAUUUCGCCAGUGGAUAAUGUGCAUACCAUCCAGGCGGCUGGCGAGAAUGCCAGCAACGAUACACUGCAGUCCAACAGUUCCCACGCAGCCCUGGAGAGCUCGCAGGCCGACCAAGCCAAGCCAUCCAAGCAACCCAAGCAGGCCAAGCAAACCGCCCCCCUAAAGGAGGCGGCCGUCACAUCCUCACAGCCCCCUCAGAGUUACAACACCCAUGAGAGCACACCAACACCCAAAGCCGAAACUACCUCCGCCGCGCCCCAGGAACCCCUAAACCUAUCGUCGGGCGCCAGCUUCAUGCUGGGCGCCAUCUCCACCACAUUCAGCUGCCUCGACCGUCCGUAUGGCUACUACGCUGACCCAGACAACAACUGCCGCAUCUUCCACGUGUGUCACCCUUCCCUCUUACAUGACGGCAGCGUUCACACCUACCAGUACAGCUUCAUGUGCGGCGAGGGGACAGUGUUCGAUCAGAAGGAAAUGACGUGCGUGGCGGAGUGGGUGGCCACCCCCUGCACGGAAGCAUCUUCCUUUUACCUCAGGAACCAGGAAUUUGGACAGGUCCAGGAAAGGCGCCCCUGACCGCGUUCAGUCCCCUCUGAUGGGUUAGAGCAGGGCGGCGAUGCCCCUCAGCCCCUCUUUAGAAAUAGAAUAGAGUAUUUAUGUUAUGUUAUAUCUCAAAAGCUAUUUAAGUCAUCGUGUACAUUAUGUUGUAUUUAAUAAAGUAUAUAAAUCAUUAUGUACUUAACGCUUCUGUUCUAUCAUACGGGCUGUUGGGAAGGAUGGCAUAAGUUAAGCUGGUGACAAUGUAGGUGUUAGCCAGUCUGCCUCAUCUCUGGAGUUACCGCACACCACCAAAGGGAGGAAAAAGUUAUGCCAUGCGAAGUUUCACCAUCACGUCGUCAUUUACUCAUUACAAUUUUCUCACACCAAACAACAUCAGAGCAUUAUUUCCCCUUUCGCGUACAACGACUUUGAAUGUGGACUCCGAGGAAAAUUCCGUGAGUGGGAAAGAACACUCAAGGCGACUGGCAUCCUUCAUGGAGCGAACAGUGCGACUGAAAAUGUGUGGCUUUGCUUGUGUUUCUGUUUGAGGUGAGACUUGUCGAGGCACGAAAUAUCAUGUUCUAGUUACCUCCGAAACGUGUAGACGUCUUGUUUACUUUGCCACGCUGCCUCCUGUCAGUCAUGGAAUAGACAGUCCUUCCGUUUUUUUUCACUGCGGCUGCUACUGUAAUACCCUGUUAAAAUAUAAAGGAAUAGUUUUGGUAUUACAUGCUUUAUCAUCACAUUGCAGAGAAAAGGGUUAGUUGUGAGGUGGUGAAGAGUGCAGGUGUUUCUAAGGGACAGUGUGAUGGCUCUUCUCCCUUAUAUAGAAAACAAAUGUCCCAAAGGCUGUCUUUCCUUCCAGGUACAAGCAGAGUAAAUACUGCCUGUCCAAGAGUCAGUGCAGAGGAAGUGAUUCUUACGAGGAUAGUGUAACUCUUUAAGAAACAUGUUUUUUAGACCCAUCUGUGCAGAGGAAGUGAUUCUUACGAGGAUAGUGUAACUGAAGAAACAUUCUUUUUAGACCCAUCACUGCAGAGGAAGUGAUUCUUACGAGAAUAGUGUAACCCUGAAGAAACGUUUUUUUUAGACCCAUCAGUGGAGAGGAAGUGAUUCUUACGAGAAUAGCGUAACUCUGAAGAAAUAGUUUUUUAGACCCAUCUAUUUAUUCGUUACUAUACUUGUGGAUGAACAAUUGACUUGGAUAACCACGAUUUGGCUGUGUAGCGUUUUGUGCUGAGUUAAGACCUGUGGAGGCUUUAUUUUAAUCCAGUCACUAUAUACU